UUUCUCCUCGUCUUCCUCUGCUCUCUGCACUUGUCUUCCCACCACUCUUUCCUCUUCUUUCCCCUCUUCUCAUUCUGCUUGCCCCCCCCCCCCCCCCCUUCCUCUACAAUCUCUGCUUUUUCGGUCAUCGGCACUGAUCGCGCUCUCCUUCUCCACUCUACUUUUCACUCUCCAUCCCUUCCCUUCUUUUGGUCCUCUUUUUUUCUUUCUCGUGGCGGAUGGAGUAAAAGGGUUUUGCUUUUAACAACUCCACUCUCCUGUCCUCCCUCCAUCACGUCCCAUGGGCAUCCGUGCAUCUUGCAGACCAGAGCCUCACGGUCGUGGAGGCGGUUCUCAGCCGGGCCAGGCAGACUCUCCACUCCCAGAGCAGGACGAAGAGAUCCUGGGCUCUGAUGACGAUGAGCAGGAGGACCCCAACGACUACUGCAGGGGUGGAUAUCACCAUGUGAAGAUUGGAGAUCUGUUCCACGGGAGAUACCAUGUGAUCCGUAAGCUGGGCUGGGGGCAUUUCUCCACUGUGUGGCUGGCCUGGGACAUCCAGGAGAAGCGCUUUGUGGCCAUGAAGGUUGUAAAAAGUGCUGAACAUUACACAGAGACAGCUUUGGAUGAGAUCAAGCUGCUCAAAUCUGUGAGAAACACAGAUCCCAGUGACCCCAGCAGAGAGAGAGUGGUGCAGCUUCUAGACGACUUCAAAAUUUCUGGCAUAAAUGGCACUCAUGUGUGCAUGGUAUUUGAGGUGCUGGGUUAUCACCUUCUGAAGUGGAUCAUCAAGUCGAAUUACCAAGGCCUGCCCCUGCCCUGUGUUAAAAGCAUCAUACAACAGGUUCUGCAGGGUUUAGACUACCUUCACACCAAGUGUAAGAUCAUCCACACAGACAUCAAACCGGAGAACAUUCUGCUGACUGUCAACGAGCCCUACAUUAAGAAAAUGGCUGCUGAAGCUACGCAGUGGCAGAAGACUGGCGCUGCACCUCCCUCGGGUUCUGCAGUGAGUACAGCCCCAGUACCCAAACCAAUGGCCAAAAUGUCAAAGAACAAAAAGAAGAAGAUGAAGAAGAAGCAGAGGAAGCAGGCAGAGAUGCUGGAGAAGAGGAUCCAGGAGAUGGAGGGAGGAGCAGCUGAAGGAGAAGAGGAGGAGGAUGAGGAGACGACAACAGAGACCACCGAAGAUACAACUUCCACAGCCACCCUCUCUAUGUCUGCCACGCUGCAAGACAUUGCUAACCAUACUAUCACAGACUCGACUCCUGACGAGCAACCCCAGCAGAUAGCAGAGGUAAAUGAGCGGAGAGAGAAUGCGGCCGAGGAGGAGAACGGGAUGGAGGUGAACUGCAACGGCCACGCUUCCACACCGGAGAGGGAGACCCAUCUCGAGGCACAAGGGACCAAGCAGACGACAGAGGAGCAGGAGGACCAACAGAACGCAAACCAGCCAGAGAGUAACACUGAGACCCAGGGCUCAUUCAGUAACAAAGAAGAGCAACAGACCUGUAACGGUUCACUCGGGGACACGGCCCUGCUGCCAGUCCCGGCCUCUCUCAGCCCCGACUCUGUCACGGUGGAGCUGAAGGAGGGAGAUGAGGAGGAGGAGAAGAAGGAGGAUAAGAUGGACACUCAGGUGGAGACCAAAAGAGGGGAUGAAGAAGUAGACAGCCAGGAUGGAGCAUCAGGCAAUAUGUUAGUAAACCCCUUGGACCCUCUUAACGCUGACAAGCUGCAGGUUAAAAUUGCUGACCUCGGCAACGCCUGCUGGGUGAACAAACAUUUCACAGACGACAUCCAGACGCGGCAGUAUCGUUCUCUGGAGGUGCUGACAGGAGCCGGCUACAGUACACCAGCAGACAUCUGGAGCACAGCCUGCAUGGCCUUCGAGCUCGCUACUGGAGAUUAUCUGUUUGAACCCCACUCUGGAGAAGACUACUCCAGAGAUGAAGAUCACAUAGCGCUGAUCAUUGAGCUGCUUGGUAAAGUUCCUCGGAAGCUGAUCUUGGCAGGCAAAUACUCCAAGGAGUUUUUCACCAAGAAAGGCGACCUGCGUCACAUCACCAGGCUGAAGCCGUGGGGUUUAUGCGACGUGUUGGUAGAAAAGUACGAGUGGUCCAAAGACGAGGCACACACCUUCAGCACGUUCCUGCUGCCCAUGCUGGACCUUGUGCCUGAAAGGAGGGCCACCGCGGCCCAGUGCCUCUCCCAUCCAUGGCUAACAUCCUAGAGGCCGGCAUGCACACCUCCACCCUCAUAUUGUGAAAGGAUACAUUAGGUUUGAAGUUCCUGGGCUUGAAAACUUAAGAGUAAACUAACACAUUAAUGUCUGCAAGACCCUGUGACUGCAUCUUGCCAGCAUCCUCCUGUCACGGCUCAGAGGCUUCCCACACACACUUUCAUGAGUACAAUAAAAAGAGACUGCUACUGAGUCUUUGAUCUGUUUUGGAUUACACUGUGGGGAUAGAGUGAACUUGUGGUCUUCUUCCUAUAUGUAUGGCUCUUUUUUAAUGGCUGUAUAGGACUUAAUUGACCUUGCUCUCGUUUCUUUUCCUGACUCCAGCUCUUUCUCUGCAGCACAUCAUUCUCUGUAUUUUUAGUAAUAAAUAAUGGACUGGAAAAGAUGGUUGCACUUGUCUACAAAUGCAGAAGAAGGUAGGAUGUUAACAAAAACAUAAAGAUUGCCAUCAAAACCACAUACUGUUGUUGUUAAGGUCAAUAAUAAGCCAAGUAUUUCUUUGCUAGUCAUGUUAGCCGUGCCAGCUUUUAUGCCUUAGGCUGUCAAAUGUGUGCAAAGUGCCCCAAAUUAUUAAUGCUAACAGCCACGAUGAAAGACUAGUAACGUUCUUAGCACCAUUAAGUUAGCUUCAUCCUAAACAACUUUUGUACAUUUGUAUACAGGUGGAACUACAUGAUUAGAAAGCGUAAAUGUCAAGGUCUGGAGACAGAGACUCGCACUAUUUUUCAGGAAAACAAAACUGUAAUCUUUAAAUUUUUCAGCAUUCUUGUCUUUUUAAAAAGCACUUGUAUACACAAUGUGAAAAACGUUCAGAUUCCUUUCUUACUUCAUGCACGAGUGGACAACUUGAUGCCAUUUCACACCUGGACCAUUUCUUGCAUGUUAAGAAAGGCUCCAUACAACGUUUCCCACAUUUACAGUCAAAUCAAACUAUAUGUGGAUCCACGUCCAGUGUGCAGUGCACCAAAGAGUUAGCUUCUAGUCUCCCUCGAUGCAGCGAAAGCUUUGCACAGAUUCUGACUCAGCAAUGGAAGUUGAAGGCACAAGCUGAAAGGUUUGAGCUUUUUUUUUUUUUACUUUUUAGAAAUUCCUUGAAUGUUCAGGUGAUUUCCAGGUUUCCACUGUAUAUGAAGGUGUUGGAUUUGAAAAUAGAUUGUACCAAAAACAAAUGCUGUAAUAAUGCUUUGAAUCCCCUCAAAACCAUUUUGCUUUUUAUACAGUCUCCUCUCCUUUUGUUCAUGUCUCCGCUCUUCAUUUGAUUGUUAAUUUUUUUCUGUAGGUAAUAAACAUUUUUCAAAACCUUA